UCCCUUCCCCCCCUACCGUCUGACUGUGCCCGCCCCUUGCGCGCCCUCGGCAAUUCAUUGUAUCGGAUUGAGAAAGAGACGGGAGUCGGCACAGAACGACUACUGGAAAACAAUUUCCAGCCACCUAAAUUACAGGCAUGGCAGCCAUCCGUAAGAAGCUGGUCAUAGUGGGCGACGGAGCCUGUGGGAAGACCUGUCUGCUGAUCGUGUUCAGUAAAGACCAGUUCCCGGAGGUCUACGUCCCUACAGUCUUUGAGAACUAUGUAGCUGACAUUGAGGUGGAUAGCAAACAGGUGGAACUGGCUUUGUGGGACACAGCUGGACAGGAAGACUAUGAUAGGCUCCGCCCCCUGUCCUAUCCUGACACUGACGUCAUCCUCAUGUGCUUUUCCAUAGACAGCCCAGACAGCUUGGAGAACAUUCCAGAAAAGUGGACUCCUGAGGUGAAGCACUUCUGCCCCAACGUUCCCAUCAUCCUCGUUGGCAACAAGAAGGACCUCCGCAACGACGACCACACGCGCCGAGAGCUAGCCAAAAUGAAGCAGGAGCCCGUCAAGGCAGAGGAGGGGGUAGACAUGGCCAAUAAAAUCAGCGCGUUCGGUUACAUGGAGUGCUCGGCGAAGACGAAGGACAGCGUGCGGGAGGUGUUCGAGAUGGCCACCAGGGCGGCGCUGCAAGCCCGCCGGGGCAAGAAGAGCAACAAAUGCCUUCUGCUGUGAGCCACGGCCACUGGACUCUUCUCUGACAUAGGGACAAAAAUGAGGGGGAGGGGUGGUUGGGUGUGUGAGCACACAGUGUGUGGAGAUGAUGCUUCGUGCCUCCACUUUCCACCAUUCACUAUACACACACACACACACACACACAUGCAUACACACCUCCCAUGGAGCUGCCAAACUCCCUGAAUAUAGAACCUAUUAAUGAAAAAAGUGCUUUUUAUUUGUGACGACGUGGGAGCUUUCAUCAGUAUUUAAGUAUCUGGUGGACUAGGACAUUCCUUUUUGUUUUUCAGUUUUUAUCGCUUUAACUGAUUUUGGGACACCAAUUGCCCCGCCCACCUGCCAAAAACUGUUAUGUGACCUUAUGAGUGGGCCGGGCCUACCUGCUGUCAAUCAAGUACUCCGCCCUGCAAGUCCUUGUAUGUCUUUGAUAACCAACAGGGCUGAUUUUUUUUUUUAAGUUUGUUGUAUGUACAAAUCAUUUUUAAGACUUUAAAAAUGGUUUUUAGGACAAUAAAUGUACUGGUGAAAAUGGGUCAAAGAAAAUGAUGUUCCAAAGGGGCAUGUAUACAGGUUUGUACAUAAGAAAUGUGCACAUACUCGCGUGUGAUUGCCAACAUGACUGGAAGCGGCAUUUGUAAACUAGGUUUUCUUGUGUAAUAAAUGACUUUCUACAAGGAA